AUGUAUUUCAGGAAUAGGAGCUACAUGGAUAAAAUUGGGCUGUCCAUGUCCUGCACUUUAAUUACGUACAUUGGGAUUGUGUCUGGCCCAACUCUUCUGUGGGAUGAAAUCAGGGACAGAACCAUUACGCGCGUUUGCCUAAUGGCACAAAAUGCAUUUGUGUUCUUGGAUGUACUGCUGCUUAUUUACGUAAGCAAUACUCGCGGAUAUGUCAAGGAAGAAGAGUACGUGGUUGGCGGAAAGUUUUGCUAUGAGUGCAGGAAGGCAAAGCCCGAAAGAGCGCACCACUGCUCUCGCUGUGGUAGGUGCAUUAACAAAAUGGACCAUCACUGCCCAUGGGUUGGAUCGUGUGUUAAUGCAAAUAAUCUGGGCAACUUUAUUAAGCUAAUUACCAGUGUACUGAUUAGUUCUGUUCUGUCACUAUUUCUGCAUGGAUACGUAUUUCACAAAAAGGUUGGAAUGGUGUACGACACUCUUUCCAUUAACAUUCCCAUAUGCUUAAUUGGGCUAAACAUAAUAAUACUGUCCUUUAUCUCUGUGGCAGUGUUUUUAAUACUUUUACGCCAAAUACGCCUCCUUAUAAAAAAUAUAACGUACUUAGAGUCUCUACAGAUCCGCAUGCUAAACCGCCUAGGAAUAUCCGUGCCAGCAAAUCCGUAUGAUCGCGGUGCAAUGGGAAAUAUUAAAGCAUCUUUAGGAUCACCAAAAGACUUUCUGCUGUGCAGAGAGCCCGAGAACGCCUUUGCAUUUGGAUAUAAAGAGUACUGGCCGCCUCUAAGAAUGACUAAAUCCAUAAGCAAUACCCAGGCAACACUUAAUCCAUCUGUUUGAUAAAUAUACCAGAAGUAAUAAGUGAAUAUAUAAAAUCCGCAGCCUGCUAAUAUAUAUUCAGGUAGUGCUUUAUACCCUGAACCCCAAAAUAACCUGCAAAAAACAGAUUUCUGUUAUAUUUCAGGGAUUGUGCCAUGUGCUGUUCAGAUUACUGUAGAUAACUUCCUGCUCAUAUCGUAUUUAGUACUAAAGCACCAUAAAUAUACAGCAGCGCCUAACCAAGAUUUAAAUAGAUAAUGGUACUGCCGCAAGCAUGGAUUGUUAGAUAUAUACAAUUACAUAUAGCCAGAAAUACCUAAAAAUGUAAAUAUCCUUAUGUUACAUAGCCAUGUACCAUGUAAUCGUUUGAUUUAUGAUUAAUUCAUAUUAUAACAGUUACUUGGGCUGUUUGGGUUGUUUCUAUCGGGUUGUAUUUAGACCUUUUUAUUACUCUAUUAAUACGUGAGUAUAUUCUAAGACAAACAGGCUUUACUCUGC